AUGGAAUCAAAUAAAAGUGAUAAAACACCAAUGCCAUGGAAAAAGUUAAUUGGUGCAUAUGUUUUAUUAUUAUGUGAAGCCAUUACAACAACAUCAUUUUUUUCAUAUAUAUCACCAUUUAUUAUAUUUUUAGGAGUAACAGACAAGAAAGAGGAAGUUGGUUUCUAUGGUGGAUAUAUUGCAUCAUGCUUUAGUUUAGCUCAAUUUUUAAGUAGUUUUUUCUGGGGUAAAAUGAGUGAUAGAUUCGGAAGAAAACCAAUUUUAAUUAUAGGAUCAGUUGGUUCCGUCAUAUCAGUAUUGGGUGUCGGUAUAAGUUGGUCAUUACCAGUAUUAAUUGCAUCAAGAUCCAUUAAUGGUUUAUUAAAUGGUAAUAUUGGUGUCAUUAAAACGUAUAUUGGUGAAACUACUACCAAAAGCAAUCAAAUAGAAGCAUUCGGUUGGAUUGGUUUAACAUGGGGUUUAGGUGCUAUUUUAGGUCCAACUUUAGGUGGUCUUUUAGCUGACCCUGUUAAAAACUAUCCAAGUGUAUUUGGUAAUUCAAAAUUACUCAUAAAGCAUCCAUAUAUUUUACCAAAUAUUUUAAUUGCAAUCAUUACAUCAAUCGGUUGUGCUUUUACCUAUUUCUUUAUGAACGAGACUUUAAAUGUUAAUAAAUCAAAGUCAAUUAGCAUGUCUAAUCUAUCAAGCAAAACCAAAUUUACAGCUUUGAAAGGAGACGAUGGCGACGAAUUAAAAGAUCAAACAGAUGAUAGUACAGGUAAAAGAUUAGAUUUAGCAACUGGAAGAUUUGAAGAAGAUAUCGAUGAAAGAGAAAUGGCUCGACUCAACAGCAGCAUGUCUGAUAGACUCCAUCAAAGCUCAUCGGAAUAUAAAAUUCACCAACAAGAAGAGAGAGAAAGUACAACCAGUGUUAUCAUGGUCGAUGAAAAUAAUGGCAUGGUAGAUGAAAAUGAAAGUGAGGUUUUAAAGAGAAAUCUUUUAGACAAUACCAAUGAUGGUGCUAAUGAUCAAUUAAAAAAUGAAGAUGAAGAAUAUGAUUUAGCAAGAGAAAAAGCAAAUUUUGAAGAUAUUUCAUUAGAAGAACAAAAUGGUAAAGGCUUUUUAAAAAAAUCGUACACCCUUUUCAAAAACAAACUAUUCAAGAGUGCAAGCAUGGCCAAUAUAAAAUCAUCAAAGAGCUAUCAACAUUUAAAGGCAGUUAAUAGCGAUGUCGAUUUAAUCGAAAAAGAAAUCACAGCCAAAGGAAAAUCAGGUAUGCUAAGUUGCUCCACUGGUGAUAGCAACACCAACAUAUUUAAAAACAAAUUAAUUAUGGCAACUACAUUUUUAUAUUGCUUUGUCGGCUUUGUAUUCACUAUGUGGGAUGAAACUUUUCCAAUUUGGGCAAUGUCCCCAAUUGACAAAGGUGGUCUCGGAAUGGAGAGUAAAGCUGUCGGUGUUUGUGGUGCCAUUGGUGGUGUUUCUGUAGUAUUGGUUCAAGUCUUUAUCAUCAAACCAACCACUAGAAAGCUUGGUAUCAUUACAACAUUUGGCGUUGGUAAUUUUUUGGCUAUCUUCUCUUUCUUCUCAUUCCCAUUAUUAAGUUUUGCUGCUCCUUUACAAUCCAAAGGUACUGCUAACUUUAUUACCUUUUGGGUUUUUGUCUCAAUAGUCCUAGUUGUAAGAAAUAUUUCUGCUCAAUUUGUUUUUACACCAAUUAUGACUUUAAUUAAUAAUAGUGCUAUUUCAACAUUAAGAGGUAGUGCAAAUGGUUGGGGUCAAAGUUUAGUUGCAUUAACCAGAACCAUUGCACCAACCUUGGCAUCUAUACUUUUAUCUUGGAGUCUUACAAAUCACCUUAGUUUCCCACUCAACCAUUUCUUUGUCUUUAUAAUUAUGAGUUUAUGCUCAAUUUUACCAUUUGUAGUUUCGAAAUUCCUUCCAUCAUCAUUAAAUGCUCCAAUCGAAGAGGAAGAAACCAAUUGUGAUGACGAAAUGCAAAUACCAAUGUUUGAAUAA